GCACGUGCUGCACGGUGAGCCUGUAAGGCGACACCGGGAGACCCGCUGCUGCCCCUUCUCCGGUAUAAAAGUGACCGCAGACUGUUUACUGACACAGAAACAGAGAGAGUUUUCACUCAUUGAACUGACUUUUAUCUGAUUUCACUAAACACAACUUUUACUUUAAUCUUAUCUCAUCAUUAAUAUUCCCGCCAGCUGAGUAUCGGUCCAUCAUGGUGCUGUCCUCCGUCAACAAGAUGAAAGUCUUCCAGCUGGUCUUCUCGGACCCCGGCAGGUCCUUCUACAGCAGCGGGGACAAACUGUCCGGCUCCGUGCAGCUGGAGGCGGCUCACACCUGCAGAGUGACCGGCCUCAGUGUCACCGCCGCCGGCUGCGCCCACGUGGACCACCGCGGCGGGAAGAACCGGAGGAGCCGCAGCCAAGAGGUGGAGUACCUGAAGUAUGAGGAGGAGCUGAGGCUGGAGGAGCAGCUGAGCAGAGACUCUGACGGCUGCUUCCUGCUGCAGCCUGGUAAAACCUACAGCUUCCAGUUCGGCUUCGAGCUGCCGGCCCCGGGGCGUCUGGUGUCGUCCUAUAAAGGAAAGUUCGGUUACGUGCGGUACUACACCCGGGCGGUGCUGGACAGGCCUACCCAGCAUGCUUUGCAGUGUGAGAGGGAGUUUGAGGUGGAGGAGCCGCUGGACAUCAACAAACCCGACCUGCUGGCUCCGGCCGCCGCCGCCAAACAGAAGAAGGUCACCUGUCUGUUCAUACCUGACGGCCAGGUGUCCAUCAGUGCUAAGAUUGAAAGGAAGGGAUUCUGUGAGGGAGAGGAAAUAAAUAUAAAUGCCAAGUUCGAGAACACGUGUUCACGUAUCGUGGUGCCGAAGGCCGCAAUCAUUGCCAAGCACACUUACCUCGCCGACGGACGCAGCAAGGUCUUGCGUCAGAAACUGUCGGCGGUUCGGGGAAAUCAUAUCAUCUCUGGGAUGUGCGACAUGUGGCAGGGGAAGAGCAUCAGGGUCCCCAAACUGAAGCCAUCACUGCUGGGCUGUGACAUCAUCAAGGUGGACUACGCCCUUAUGAUCUACCUGCACAUCCCAGGCAGUGAGAAGCUGAUGCUGGAGCUGCCUCUGGUCAUUGGUACGAUCCCGUUCAGCGGCGUCGGCAGCAGAACCAGCAGCAUGAGCAGCCAGGCCGGGUCGCUGGGCAGCCAGGCCGGAUCCCUGAGCAGCUGGUCCUCCUUCCCCUCCGCCCCCCCGAGCUACAGUAACAUCCACAGGGACCUGAGAGUGGACGGGCCCCGCACCCCGCUGCUCCAGGACUACGACGGUGGGGAGGAUGAGGAGGACGAUGACGGGGGACUCUUCAUGAGAGCACCAGAACUGCACUACCCCCCUCCCCCCGCCUACAGCGAGGUGGAUCAGGACGGCGUUAACCCUCCUCAGGUUGUUCAGGUGUUCUGAGGACAUCCUGACGAGGACCAGGAGACGAGUACGACGUCCUGUUAAGACCAUCCAUGAUCUCGUCACAGUUUCCUGAUGGGACUCUGAGCUUGGCGCUCACGUGACUCGUUAUCUGACCUGUCUGUUAUUCCCCGUCGGUUCAAGACUGAAGCGUGGAGCUUGGUGAUGACGAUGACUCAGCAGUUUUCUGUCAGUGACGCAGAUGUUUUCUGUCAGUGACGUAGAUGUUUUCUGUCAGUGACGCAGAUGUUUUCUGUCAGUGACUCAGAUGUUUUAUGUCAGUGACGCAGAUGUUUUCUGUCAGUGACGUAGAUGUUUUCUGUCAGUGACGUAGAUGUUUCUGUCAGUGACGCAGAUGUUUUCUGUCAGUGACGUAGAUGUUUCUGUUUUGUUGUGUAGGUAAACUCAGAGGAAAAGUUUUGUUGUGAAAAGUGUUUUUGAUAUUUGCUGUCUCUCAGUCCAGUGUUCGGAUUGGUUGUUUUGUACAACAAGAGUUAAAGAAAGUUUUAUACAUUUUGUAAAUAAGAUGUUUAUUUUUUUUACUCAGAAUAAAUCCAUUUUCAAACUGUC